AUGGCAUUAAUAGAAAACAUCUUUAGAAGAAGAAAAAUUGAUUAUGCUUAUUGGGACUCACGAAUCAGGGGCAGCAGAGCUGGUGAAUUAGCUUUGGAGCAAGUGAGAUUGCUUCUGUAUAAGGAAUGUGAUCGUAGAGGAAGAAAAGUGCUUUUUGAUUCAUCUACUAUCGAUAAAGUAUUGUCAGCAAAAAAUGACAGACCAGAUAUCAAAAUGGAAAAAAUUCCCUGCAUUGUCGAAGUUACGGAUGGAAACUCAUAUAUUUAUAAAGGUCAAGCGUCGGAUGCGAGUGUCCUCGGUGAGAUGAUAUUCGGUGCGGUGGCAAUGAAUUGCAAGAGCGUUUCAUUUAAGAUACAUAUCAUGAAUGAACCGAGAAGGUUAAUGUGCACCAAGUUAUUCAGUGUGCCAGUAUCAAGGAAGACCAGUCGUAUGGAGAGGAAGCCAGAUGGUUGUAGCGGAGAUGUGAAUAGAUCUAAGCCAUUGAAUAUGACGUUAUUGAGAGAAGAGGGAUUGGCGUUGAGCUUCUCAUUGGACAGAGGUGAUUCUGGUUUCUGCGAGACAUCUUCGUACAGCAGUUUCGGUACAAGUUUCGACUACCUCACUAUGUUCCACGACUGGGAUCAAAACUGUGAAGAGCACUUUUAUAGUCCAAGUUCAAAGUUAAGCGCUUCAAGCGGUAGUUUAGCUAGACGCACUUCCCAUAGCUACGCUACUCGCUUCGAUUUCGGGAACAGUUUGAAAGUACCCACAAGUAGUACAGUGUGUAGCGCGGAUUCGCAGUUAUAUAGCAGUUCUACAAGCACGUCAGACAGUCUGGCGAGCACUGUGUCCACACGACGCGCUAAACUCGGACUAGCGCUGCUAAUUACCUUCACUGAAUCUGAUGAUAUGGAAUUGAUUCGUCGUUGUUUAGAGCUAUCGCCUCAACUUCGGUCGCUCGUGUGUCGUCUACGUCUAGCCGCCCUCACCGCUGGCUCGGAUGGAUUCUUCGUCUCAACAUUACAUACGGCCGCAGGACACGCGAGGAGAUGGUUGUCGGAGUUAUUGUUCGGACCGCGGCUUCAUCCUACGUGGCUACUUCUUGUUUCCAGUGAGCCUUCACAAGCAAACAAAAUGGCCGACAGGCUGAUAGAAGACAUAUGCUUCGUACUAGCUAUAGGAGAUACAAAGGAUACUAACUUUUUCAUCAGCACCCUUCUAACGCACGUCUUAACUCAUCAUCUCGGCUGGGUAACAACAGUUAGUCCUUACGACAGAGUGGAAUCAAAAAACAUCGGAAAUUUGGACACAAAGAGGCCUUACAAUGCACUCUGGGCUCAACUGACCGAUCUCUGUGGUUGCAUAGGAUUUCCACCAAAAUCCGCCAGAACUAUCAUCACAGGCUCCAAAAAUAUACAGUUCAUCAAUAGAUUACUAGAUGUUCUUACUUAUUUUAUACGCUGCGGUGACGUUAAGAAGAACGAUUUCGUGUAUCAAGACUGUUCAUUCAGCGAAGUCAAAGUUAUAAAUGUGAAAGCUGCUAGUGAAAACGAUAAGUGUGAUUUGAAUGACUAUAGUACAAAAGAUAGUUUGAAAGUACCCUCAUAUAGCGGUAGUAGUGCGAGUACUUUAGUGUCGAGUGAGGUGUCUUUGAAGAAAUCGGCGACUUUCGCUGAUUUAAAUAAUGUGCUCUCUAAUAUUGAUUUAUCAUCUGAUAACGGGAGCAAAUUGAGACGGCAUCCGACUAUAAUGAUCUCAUUGAAGGAUUCUGACUCAAGCUCAAACGUGUCAUCAGAAGAAUGCGAGAAGAAUGUUGUGUUCGUGCUUGGCGAUGAUGAAAAACUUGUUGGGUUGAAGAAUAAAUCAAACGGCAAGAAGAAUUUAAAGAAAACGUCAAAAGCUUCGGACACAGAGGACAAAGAGAUAACCGAACGGGAAGAUGUACGCCAAGAGAAAUACAAAUCAUCACCGAGCCCGAAAUGCUGUGACCAAACACUUAAACAUUCCAAGCCCAUAAAACAUUCCGGUUUUAAAUUCGAGUUCGAUAAAUACCCGCAGAUAGUCACUAAUUAUAUGAAGAGCAAGAACUUAGAGAUUCUAGAUAGACAUUAUAUAGGGAAGCCGGGGAAUUUGAAACUGGACAAUUUCCAGUUCGAUCCAACAUUCGUACCUCCGAUACAGGAAGAUAGAUGCGAGACUUGUUACAAGUGUCAGUUGAUGGAGUCGAUGUUGCAAACUCCAACUAACGCCUCCGAAAUGGAAUAUAUGAACGAUAUACCGAGACAAUCUGAACCACAGAUAGCUAAGGAGACUAUAGUACAACAAGAAAUGACGCCCAAGACAUUUGUAAGGAAACGCAAGGAAAGUACUGUCGUUGUAAAUAUUAGGAAGGAUGUGACCGAAGUGAAAGUGAAGGUAGACGAAGAAAAAGAUAAUGUAAUAGAAGUAAAGCAAGUUUUAGAGUUUCCUGUUCCCGAAGUGUGUCCUAUCGUUAAAACUGAUUACAACGAUACACUUCUAGGCGGCGUUACAGACCACUAUGUACCUGAUCUAAUAUUACAAGGAACAAUCGCUAAUCCAGACACAUGGGAAUCGGAACUUCGGAGGGAUUUAGAUCUGACGUCGUAUUUGAACAAGAGCUCUGAUUCGCCUAUACAAACUGUAGCCAUAGUCGGCGACACUAAUACUUGGCAGGUCAGAGUUUGUGGGCGAUCAGUCGGUCCUAUGGGAGGGGGUUUGUCCCCACUUGUUGGUGGUAUUUUAGAUGCUUUACCAGCCAUGAGAAGAGCCAAUGUACCCGCCGCUCAGUGCCUACUCUUUUUGGAGAGCAAACUCCGCGAAUUCUGCGUACUAUCGAAAACUCUAGCCGACAUGUUGAUGUCCACCGACUUUUGUGAUAUAGCAACCCUAACAAAAUCUUUGAAUGUUGAUGUUAAUGACGUGCCACUAUUAUUGGCGAUUGCUACAACACACACGCCGGAACUAGCUACUAGAUAUGGUAUUAGCUAUAGGUGA